GAUGAGCAACUUAAUGCUGAGUGGAAACCUUGCUGUGGGCCUGUGAUGAUCUAAGAACAACAGCAUACUGAAGAAAUAAAAGUCCACGAGUUUCCCAAGGUUUGCGACACACUCAAGACCUUAUAGUGGAAAGAGGGGAAACCUGGGAUUCUGGCCCCCUUGGAAGAUGGCCACCAAACAGACUGAGCCUGUUACCACUAUUGGCCUUGAAGAUCUGAGCCCUGAGUCCUUGGAGUCACAGAAAGAGCCAAAGACGUUCACGGUAGAAGAGGCUGUGGAGACCAUUGGAUUUGGACGGUUUCAUAUAGCACUGUUCCUGAUCAUGGGCAGCACAGGGGUGGCUGAGGCCAUGGAAAUCAUGUUGAUCGCUGUUGUGUCUCCUGUCAUCCGCUGUGAAUGGCAUCUAGAGAACUGGCAAGUGGCUUUGGUGACCACAAUGGUGUUUUUUGGCUACAUGGUAUUCAGCAUCCUAUUUGGCCUCUUAGCUGACAGAUAUGGUCGCUGGAAGAUUUUGCUGAUCUCUUUCCUCUGGGGAGCAUAUUUUUCCCUCUUGACCUCCUUUUCCCCAUCAUACAUCUGGUUUGUCUUUUUGCGGACUAUGGUGGGCUGUGGUGUGUCGGGACACGCACAAGGACUCAUCAUAAAAACAGAAUUUUUGCCCACAAAAUACAGAGGUUACAUGCUGCCCUUAUCUCAGGUUUUCUGGCUUGCUGGUUCUUUGCUAAUCAUCGGGUUGGCAUCAGUGGUCAACCCAACCAUUGGUUGGCGCUGGCUUAUUCGUAUUGCUUCCAUUCCUGGCAUCAUACUCAUCCUGGCCUUCAAGUUCAUUCCUGAAUCGGCUCGAUUUAAUGUCUCCACUGGGAACACCCAGGCUGCUGUGGCUACUUUGGAGCGCAUCGCCCGAAUGAACCGAUCAGUUAUGCCAGAGGGAAAGCUGGUGGAACCUGCCUCUGAAAAAAGAGGAAGAUGUGCAGACCUGCUGGAUGCCAAAUACUUGCGGACAACUUUGCAGAUCUGGGUCAUAUGGCUUGGGAUCUCUUUUGCAUAUUACGGGGUCAUCCUGGCCAGUGCUGAGUUACUGGAGCGAGACUUGGUUUGUGGCUCCCAAGCGGAGACACAGAUGGUGCUGAGUGAGGACUCGGAGGAGAGCAAGAGCCCCUGUCACUGCCACCUGUUUGCUCCCUCUGACUACAAGACCAUGAUCAUCAGUACCCUGGGAGAGAUUGCCCUAAAUCCUUUAAAUAUCCUGGGCAUCAAUUUCCUGGGAAGACGGAUCAGCCUUUCUAUCACCAUGGGAUGUACAGCUUUGUUCUUUCUGCUGCUCAACAUUUGUACUUCGAGUACAGGCCUGAUUGGUUUCCUCUUCAUGCUGAGGGCCCUGGUGUCAGCAAAUUUCAAUACCAUCUAUAUCUAUACCGCUGAGGUCUACCCCACCACUAUGCGAGCUUUGGGCAUGGGAACGAGUGGCUCUUUAUGUCGGAUUGGUGCGAUGGUGGCUCCAUUUAUAUCCCAGGUUCUUAUGAGUGCAUCAUUCCUGGGAGCCUUGUGUCUCUUCUCAUCUGUCUGCAUUGUGUGUGCCAUUUCUGCAUUCACACUCCCCAUUGAGACUAAAGGGAGGGCCCUUCAGCAAGCAAAAUGAAGACAUGCAAACGAUAACCAAAUGGAGAAGUAUAUUUUAUUUUUCACAAACAUGUUCUUGAGGUAGCUUUAUUUUACCCUCUCCCUACUCCUACAAUUUAUCUUGAAUUCACUUUUGUAUAAUACUAUAUUAUUAAGGAACAACUUUUUUUAUGGAUUUGAGAGAUAGCUUGCUUUACUGGGACUUUUCCUUCCAAUAUUCAAUAAAUACCUGUUAUACAGCCCAAAGUAGUCUCUUCUUAUCCCAGCAGGUAUCAGAACCAAAAAGCUUUACAGAUCUUUCUCUAUCUCUUUGGACUUCUACAACAGUACCGUUCAAUGCCCAACAAAUGCAUAAGUGAGCCUUAGAAAGAAAGGAUUUCAGGUUGCAUUUCAUGCCUGGGAAAGGUUGUAUAUGUAGGUAUUUUUGAGAGCAAUCUUGACCCUGGAGGAAGUCAUUUAACCUCUCUGACCUUGGUUUUCUCAUCUCACAGAAUGGGGAUUUGGACUAGAUGACCUCUCAGGUUACUCUCAUGCUGAAUGUCACUAAAACAUGCACAUGGAUUUCAGAGUUAUUUAUCUCAUGAUUUUAAAGUUUGGAUUUCUGCUGAUGUCUGAUAACUUAGCCCAAAUUAUUAGAAAACCCACUGUGGUCAUAUUUAUAAUACUACCAUCAAUUUGAAACCAAAUGGUAAUGGGAAAAAGCAUGAGCUCUGGAGGCAGAGGAACUGAAUAAAAUCCUGGCCAUGUCACUUAAUCAGAACCUCCCUAGGACUUAUGUCCUAAUCUAUAAAAUGAAGAUGUCAGAAGGUUAAGUGCAUUGCAACUCUAAAUCUAUGGUCUUAUUACCUAAAAUAAUUUAAGUUGAGUUUCCAGUUUAUCAGUCAUUAUUGUUUAGCAGUGAGAAAACCAGUGCAAUAUAAGGAAAAUGGAUUCUGAAAACCAGGUGUCUGGGUCCUACCAGGUAGGGGAUGAAGGAAUUUUGUUAAGUCCUACUUUGUUAACCUUCCAGCUUUCAAAUCCAAAAGGUAAUACCUGCAAUACUUUAUAAGGCUGUGAAUGAGGCUGAUAUGAGAUAAGGAAUUUGAAAAUUAUGCACACUAAAAUGUUACAUAAACGCAUGACAUUAACUGGUAAAUAUAAUUUGCCUUGUUUCAGAAGUAGAGCACUAAAAGUGAAUUUUUAAAAUGUUAAGAUUCUUCUGAAGAUUUCUUGAAAUUAAGAACAAAAGUUUCUUAGAUAUUAGAAAUAUUUUGAAAUUUAUGUUCUAGAAUAUUGGACUGUUAUAUAUCCAUUUUUUUCCCUCCCAAGGUUUGUACCAGGAAGCAAACUAAAUUUAAUUUUUCUCAGAAGAAAAAUGAGUACAGGACUUCGCUGUGCGAUUACAACUUGAAGAAUUUUAAAAAAUAUAUUUUGUGUAGGCAGAUUCUUGCAACAUUUACCUAUUUUUAAGAAGGUUUUUUUUAGUUGCCCCCAAGGAUCCUCAGCAGGGUUAAACAAAAGAUUUAUGCUUAACAAGUCUACAGGCUCUGAAUGAAAUGCCCGAUGCAUUGUGACUAAAAAUUACAUAAAACACUUUAAAAGAUGUUUUCAUUUCAAAAUAAAGGUUUUAAACAGGCAGAAUCUCAAUGUGUAACUUCUUAGUACCUUUGGCAUUUUGUCCCCAAGUCUGGUUUUUGUUUAAACGUUUAAUAACUUCUGAAGUAGGAAUGCUCCAAAAUUUACAUGAACAAAUUUGAAAGGAUAACUAGGUAAAAUGUAAGAACAUCGAUAAAAUUCAACAUAAACAUCUUGUUCUAUUAAGAAUUUUCAUCAGCUGCUGCUUGACACAUUUGCAGUCCUAGACAAUAUUAUUCAGAGAAUGAGGUUUUGACGUGUUCUCACAAGAAAGAGUCUGAUAAAGACAGAGAAAGUGACCAAGUAAAGUGGACCUCCUUUACUGAUCCACUGGUCUGAGAAACUGUUGGUAAAUAAUGCUUAAUAAUUAGGGUGCCUCAUCUUUUAAAAAUUUAAAAUUCACAUAAAUAAGUGUAAAAGAAAUCUAAACAAACAAACAUUUAGAAGAUGUUUUAUGUAAGUCAGUAGCACUUAUCCUUCUGAAGGUAUUUCAGUUUUAAACUUAAACUAAGACUUUUGGGUCAUCUGAUAUAUGGCUACCAAACCUUGAUUAAGGCUCUGUACACAUUUAUUUAGUAAAGUGGUCUACAUUUUAAGUUAACUGAAAAUGUGCUUGGUAUUUUAAAACUUCAUAAUUAAAGAUAUUGAAUUCCUAUCAUUUAUGUAUACAAAG